UCCAGUUCCGUCCUCUUUCCUUUAUUUCACACUCUACGGCUGGAGAGAGAUCAGGUCUUCAGAGGAUUGGUACCUCACAGCGAUCACAAUUCACACCUUCAUUGAAGCCACUCCCACAACAAUUCACCAAUAAAUACUGUGAGUAUUCCCAUCAUCCUACAAGAGAAGUGCUUCAGACCAGCAGGAACAACUCCAGGUGUAACAACUGAAAUCUGUGUGAUAUACUAUGGAAAAGAUGGAGUUUGUUAAAGAGGAAAGUGAGGACAUGAGUGAUACAGAAUCGUACAGAAGAAAAUAUGAAGAUACUGAGGAACAAAGAGACAUGAUGGAAGAGCAAGAGGGACAUCACGAACUGAAUGAAGUGGAGGAGAAACAUUACAUAAUAACCGGAGACAGCGAUUUUAGCUGCUCACAGACUUUGAAUUUCUCAUAUGACACUGAAGCUGGAAACUCUUUCAUCUGCGUUGAGUGUGGAGAGACUUUUACAAGUCAAGACAACCUUGAGAUGCAUUUAACAAUUCACAUUAGGGAGAGGCCUUACAUGUGCAUUCAAUGUGGAAAGAGUUACACAUGUAAAGCACAUCUUAAUAGACACAUGAGAGUUCACACUGGACAGACACCUUACACGUGCCCUCUGUGUGGAAAGAGCAUCACACAAAAAGAAAACCUUAAAAUUCACAUGAGAGUUCACACUGGAGAGAAGCCUUACACAUGCCCUCAGUGUGGGAAGAGUUUUGCACGUAAAGAAGGCCUUAAGACACACAUGACUAUUCACAAAGAAUUCACAGAGAAGGGUUUUAUCUGCUCUGAGUGUGGAAAGUGCAUUUCAAAAAAAGAAAACCUUAAGAUUCACAUGAGAAUUCACACCGGAGAGAAGCCUUACACAUGCCCUCAGUGUGGACAGGGGUUUGUAUGUCAAAAAAAUCUUAGAAAGCACAUGAAAAUUCACAGCGGAGAGAAGCCUCACACAUGUCAUCUGUGUGAAAAAAGUUUCUUAGAAAAAACUAAUCUCAAAUAUCACAUGCGCAGUCACUCUGGUGAAAAGCCAUUCAAGUGCGAUCAGUGCGGUAAACGUUUUACGACAACAUCACGUCUGACAACACACCUGCAAGUUCAUACAAAUGAGAAGCCACACCGGUGUUCUGAUUGUGGAAAGUUUUUUUCACGACUGGACAAUUUGAAAGAUCACCAGAAAAGACACGCAGGUGUAAAAGAUCACGUGUGCUCUGAGUGUGGUAAGGCCUUUACUUCAGCCAGCCAAUUAAAUAAGCACAGGAGAAUUCAUACUGGAGAAAAACCUUACAAGUGCCCACAUUGUGACAAGUGCUUCGGUUGGCCAGAAAACUUGAAAAUACAUCAGAGAGUGCAUACUAGAGAGAAACCAUACCAGCAUUCGGUUUCAUCUGAAUAAUCUAAAGAGCCUUUGCACCCAUUUUGCAAAAACAUUGUCAUAAGUUGUCACUAGGGAUGCACCGAUGCCAAUAUUUAUCAUCCAAUUAUAUUUACAUUUAUGCAUUUAGCAGAUGCUUUUAUUCAAAGAACUUAAAGUGCAUUCAAGGUAUACAUUUUAUCAGUUUGUGUGAUCCCUUGGAAUUGAACCCAUGAUCUUGGUGUUGCUAGCACCAUGCUCUACCAGUUGAGCUUCAGGAGAUAUAUUUAUGGGGGAAGUACUGUUGCCCCACAUUAAGAAGGUCCCAGUUCGAGCCCCGUCUCACCCAGGGCCUUUCUUUUUGGAGUUUGCAUGUUCUGCUUGUGUUUACGUGGGUUUCUUCCAGUUGCUCUGGUUUCCCCCACAAUCCAAAAACAUGCAAGUUAAGUGAAUUGGAAACUGUAAAUUGCCCAUAGGUGAAAGUGAGAGUGUGAAUGUCUGUGUGUGUUGCCCUGUGAUAGACUGGCCACCUGUCCAGGGUGUUUCCCUGCCUUUAGCCCAAGACAGCUGGGAUAGGCUCCAGCACUACCCGUGACCCUACAUAGGACAAGCGGCUAUAGAAGAUGAAUGGAUGGAGAACCAUUGGCAUAUCGGUCAUAAGCAUGAAAACGCUGAUAUGGAAAACCAGUGGUUUAUUUAUAAUUGAUUACGUGCAUUUAUUGUGUUGUAUAUAGGUUAAAAUAAAUUUUUUUCUGUGUAGUAUUAAAGAAAUACCAAAAAAAUAAAAAAAUCCAAAAUAUAGCCGCAAGCGGCAAUUCUCGUGGUAAUUAGGAAAGGUGGAGAAAAUUCUGGAAAACCAAAAUUUUCAAACUGUCUGAUUUGCACAAAAUGUUGCAUGUAUACCAUCCACAGACCCUCAUGACAAUAAGUUAAUAAAUUAAUUUUGACUUGACAUAUUUCAAAAAGAAGCAUUGUUAUGACAAAUUGAGUGUAUAUAUUUCUCAGAUAUUACCUUGUCUUUAUGGAAAAUGAUUAUUAUUCACAUAAGCUAAAAAUAAAGAGUCAUAUACAGGGGCGGGGCCAGAAGGGUGGCAUGGGGUGGCAUCCGCCACCCUAAAAAUAAGCUUUGACACCCCAACUCGGACCCCGCUCGCGUCCUGGAGACGGUGUGCAACAGCCUAACCCGUCCAUGUUGUGCAUGGUCCAUAACAACAUUCCGCCACCUACCCCCACACCCAACACAACCCCCUCACCCCCCCACGGUCUGACGUCUGGCAGGACACAGCAUUCCUCCUCCGCCAACCCCCCAGUCACAUGGAACUCCUACGCUGACAACCCCGCAACCAUCCACACCCCGCAUUAGACAAAAUUACUGGAUGCCACCCCUUACUAUACUCUUGGACGUGCCCCUGGUCCUAUAAUCCCUCUUUUGCAAUUAUGAACUAUGGCUGGUUGACAGUGUUAUUUUAGAAAUGGUGCAACCCUCAUGUGAUAGUGCUAUUUCAUCAAAAAUCCAUUUGACCACUUCAAUACAGUAAAAUAUAGAGCUAAAUGAACGAUUUUAAAGGGGGAUUUGUUUCUUUUCUUACAUUUUUUUAUUUCCAUGGUAUGGUUGACAUUUGCGUGGAAUUGCCCAACAUAUGUAUACACUGCAAAAAGAUAAAUAAAUAAAUAAAAAUGA